AUGCACCACGGGCGAGUACGUCGCAAGAACGGCAGUCUCAGAGCCUCCAAAGCUGGCCAGCGUCGCAACAUGUCCCAUUUGAUACCCGAUCAUGCCCCUCCACCUCAGUCUAAAACCGUCACCGUUAGCGACGAUAGUCCUGAUACCUCCGACGCCGCCUCGAACACUUCAGCGACCACCGUUAUCACCAACACUUCUAGCAUCCCUGCCACCUCUCCCACCAACGGGGUCGAUUCCGUAAAAAGAGCCAUGGCCCGCAAGGCUUCGUCGCCGAUGGCGCCCCCUUUCAUGGUGUCCGCGCCGGGAAAGGUCAUCGUCUUCGGAGAACAUGCCGUCGUGCACGGCAAGGCUGCCAUGGCCGCCGCAAUCUCUCUUCGCUCCUACUUUCUCGUAACCACCCUGUCCAAAUCGCAGCGCACCAUCACCUUAAAUCUCAGAGACAUGGAUUUCAACCACACCUGGAACAUUGACGAUCUGCCCUGGGACCUCUUCAAGCAGCCCUCCAAGAAGAAAUACUAUUACGACCUAGUGACCAGCCUCGACCAAGAAUUGUACGACUCUUUAAAACCGUGUGUUGAAGAUAUAUCACCUAAGGCAUCCGAGGAAAUACGGAAGAAACACAAAGGGUCGGCGCUGGCGUUUCUGUACCUAUUUUGCUCCUUGGGCUCACCCCAGCACCCAGGAGCUAUAUAUACUUUGCGCUCAACUAUCCCCAUGGGUGCAGGUCUUGGAAGCAGCGCCAGUGUCUGCACUUGUUUCAGUGCUGCGUUGCUACUUCAGAUUCGUACUCUAGCAGGCCCCCAUGAUGACCAACCCCCGGAUGAAGCGGAGUUACAGAUCGAGCGUAUCAACCGGUGGGCUUUUGUCGGAGAAUUAUGUAUACACGGAAACCCAAGUGGUGUGGACAACACGGUCUCUACCGGCGGCAAGGCCGUGAUUUUCAGGAGAGAGGACUACUCGAAGCCCCCCAAAGUCAUACCGUUACCGAACUUCCCGGAAUUGCCGCUCCUGCUCGUUGACACACGACAGAGCCGCUCGACGGCGGUUGAAGUUGCCAAAGUUGGGAAGCUCAAGAAGGAACAUCCAGUCGUCACCGAAUCGAUCCUCGAUGCCAUCGACAAGGUCACUGUGUCUGCGCAAGAUGCGAUCCAGGGGGUGGAUGGCGAUAGCAUCGACAAGGAGACUCUUGAACAUAUCGGAACGCUGGUUCGUGUCAAUCACGGUUUCCUAGUUUCCCUGGGGGUAUCUCAUCCGCGACUGGAGCGAAUCCGGGAACUGGUCGACUUUGCCAAUAUCGGUUGGACAAAGUUGACCGGUGCAGGCGGCGGUGGUUGUGCAAUCACACUCCUGCGCCCAGAUGCUAGCGCGGACGCGCUCCGUGAGCUGGAGGGCAAGCUCGCUGCAGAAAAUUUCUCAAAGUAUGAGACAACCUUGGGUGGAGACGGUAUUGGAGUCCUCUGGCCAGCGGUGCUACACAAUGGCACCAACGAAGAGGGUGGCGAAGAGAUCGACCAGCAGAAGUUUGAGAACGCCGACGGACCAGAAGGCAUUGAGCGUCUUGUUGGCGUCGGCGUUCAAGAACGUCGGGAAGGCUGGAAGUUCUGGAAACGAGCUGUCUGA